GCCGCCGUCUGCAGCGCCCCCGUCCGCGCCGCUCCGCGCCACUCGCCGACGACGCGUCUAGCAGACGACGAGGUGUUUACCAGACGACGCAAGCCGCGUCGCUCCCCGCGCUCUCUCCGCGCUCUCUCCGCGGCCCAGCCCAGGGCUCAGCCCUCGCCGGGGGCUCGGUGUUCGGACAGUGCUCUUUCUCUCUCUCUCUCUCACUCAUCGGCGACGCGGGACUUCCAGGACGUCGCGAGGGGACUUGUCCUCGAGUUCGCAGCAGGCCGUUCGCAGUUGCUCGCCCAGCCCGCCGCGCGCCGCGCUGCCCCUCUGGUCGGCCGGCUAGUGCGACAUCCUGGAUUCGUUUACGUUGCCCCUGUCGGCCAUGGAGCGGGAGGCGGCCGCCCAGGACCACAGCCUCCACAUGCACGGCGUCCACGCCACGCUCCUCUCCUCGAACAAUGAUCACUCGGACAAGCUCAUGCCCAACGAAAACAACAACACCAGCCUAAAAAACAACAACAAUAACAACAAAAUCACAGCCACGGCACGAAAAACAUGAAAAACGGUCACAACGGCAUCAGCCACUGUAGUAGCGCCAACAACAACAACACUAGCAACAACAAAAGCAGCAGCUGCAGCAGUUCCAGCAGUAGCAGUUCGACCAGCAGCGGCAACAGCAAGAGGUUCACCACGGCGGCCGGGCUCGGCGGCAUCCUGCCCGAGCAGAGGCGGCUGGUGGACGUGACCCGGGACAAGCCGGUCAAGGUCACCGUCCGCGUCGUCGUGCCCACCCGGGACCACCCCAAGUUCAACUUCGUCGGCAAGCUGCUGGGUCCACAGGGGAACUCGCUCAAGCGGCUGCAGGAGGAGACGAUGACGAAGAUGGCCAUCCUGGGCCGCGGCUCCAUGCGGGAUAGGCAAAAGGAGGAGGAGCUUCGCCUGUCCGGCGACCCCAAGUUCUGCCACCUGCAGCUGGAGCUCCACGUGGAGGUGACGGCGCUGGCCCCGCCCGCCGAGGCCCACGCACGCAUCGCGCUCGCCCUCGCCGAGGUGCGGCGGUUCCUCGUGCCGGACUUCAACGACGACAUCCGACAGGAGCAGAUGUGGGAACUGCACGUGCUCAAGAGCUCUCGGGACCACCUGAAGCACCUGGCCUCGGGGCCCGGCGGCUCGGGGCCUUGCUCGGGGCCGCCCUCCCAGGACGACGCGCCCCAUUGGACGGCGGCCGGGGGCCGGAAACGCCCCUACGUCGCCAUGUCGCCCACCAAGCGCACCGUGCUGUCCAUCCUCGCCCGCGCCCGCGCCGCCCAGGCCAAGGACAUGAUCGGCGCCCAUUGACAGCAGGCCCCGCAGGCCGCGCAGGAUCCCUACAGUUCGUGGCCUUGGCCAGAAGCAGCCGAGGAAGCAGGAAGAGUCGGGAUUCUCCACGAAGCUCGCUCGUUCCGCGGUGGACUGUAGCCCGGACCGCGCGCCCCGUCGCAGCACCGUGCAGUGAUGCCAACACAGCCGAACUGAACGGUUGGUACCCCAGGCGCGGUCUUUGUGAUUUUUUUAUCGAGUUUGUUUUCUGUUGUUUCGCGUUCCACCCUGGAGUGCGUUGUGGACCGCGUUUGUUGUAAGUCGGCAUGUUAUAGCAACAGAAAAAAUAUCCAGCAGAUUUCUGCUGGAGAAAAAAAUGUAAAUAAAAAUGACGCACUUCGUGGAUGGAACGGAGGUUGGUCUACCGACAAGAGAUAAUUAUUACAUUAUUGUAGCAGAGUGGCCUCCUCGCCAAGGUGCACUUGGCGGAUGUAAAUUGGAAGGUAUAUUUAUAAGUGAAAAUGUAUUUUUGCACCCGAAAUGAUGUCUAACUUAUUAUAGAGAAAGAGGAUAUUUGAGGUUGAGUACUGUUUAUUAGCUUUAAUCAUCAUUAUGGGUGUUGGCUGGAUGAAAGGCCAGAGUAUUGUCUUGUAGUGUCGUAUACAAACUUAAAUAUGAUAUAGGCCUCUACUUUUUAAAAGUGCAAUCAAAUUGUACAUAUGCUGGUUUGUGAACCAGUUGUCAUAUCUCAUCGACUUCAUAGAGUUUACCUACAUUCAUAAGUAAAUGUUUGCUUUACUUUGUUGUAUUUUCUUUUUUCAGAAAAAAAGUGAUUCCCUAUUUUUAAGCUAUAAUUAUAGAUGUCUCAGUUUACUUUAUCCCUAUAAAUAUUCAUUAUGUACGUAGGGGACCAUUCAAUAGAUUUCUCCAUCACCCCAUUUAGUGGGCAUCAAACAGUUUUCAUUGUGUCCCUGGGAAUGUGUUAGUUGUAUACGGUGAAGUAGUAUUUCGCGUCAUACAACGAUAAGUUGCCACUUGUUUUCUUUUCUUAAAAUAAUAAAUUGUUGUUAUUGAAGUGGA